UACUAAUGAGCAAUGAGGCCUUUUGCUCUUUUGUUCCCAGGUCCCCAGACUGAGGAAUUGAUGUCUGCUAUCAUGCAUUCUAUCCAUAAAGUAAGGGUGAAAGCCCUAAAACGUGUGCAGAGAAAUAUAGGUUCUUUUGAGAUGAAUAUAUGGGAGCCUGUUGAAGAAGAAAAACCAGAUGAGGUCCUAGGUUUUGACAAGUUUUCCUUGGGGACUAGUUUGAGUAGAAGUACCCUCACUGAGUUGGGCAGUUCCAUGGUGCACAGUGAUGCCGAUACCGCAGAUAUGUUCUCUGAAGAUUUGUUGCUUGAAGAAAAAACUAGGAUACAGCUCUGUCAAAGAAAUGCCCCAAAUCACAUGGAAUUAACAUUGGCUGAUAAGCCUAGUGAUAAGAAGAAAAUACAUAAGCAGAAAGAAAAUGCCACCAGGAAAAAAGAUCACAAAAAGUUACCACAAAACACACUUCCUAUAGUAGGUGUUUGGGAAUUUGAGCGAGAUGAUGAUGAAUAUAUUAAGUUCCUUGAUCUCUUCUUGAGUUAUGUUCUCGAAAGAGACCUGAGUACUUCCAAGAAUCCUGCCAUUCCAUUUCUUACCAGCUUUUCUGGACAGCUUAGAGAACAUGAACUUAAUUCGUUACUUUUUGAUGUACAUACAACAUUGAAACGACGUCAGGACAAAUCCAAAACCCAGAAUGUGUUUAGAGCUGGCUCUUGCUUUGUUGUUGCUCCUGAGUCACACGAAUCUGAAAAAUCAUCCUCUUUAAACAGUGGGCAUCCCUUAACUUUUGAAAACCAGGCACUUUCAGUUUCAGAACUUGUUCAUCAAGGGACCAGACCUUUUUCAGAGAACCCAUUGAAUGAAGUCAAUAAAAAUGAAGGAAAGAGUGGAUUGUUUGGUUUAAAACAAAAGUCAAUUUACAGAAUUCAAGAUGAUAGUCGAGAGAAGCCUCUAAUCCAGGAGAAACCUCUAAUCCAGAGAUUGUCAAACCACAGUUUUUGGGCUCCCAAGUCCAUUAAAACUAGAAGGUGCAGUUUCAAAGCAGUUCAGUGCAAUAAUACUAACCCUCAGGAAGAUCUUCCUCUGGCCCUUGAAAGUACAUUUGGCAGCAUAGGUAGACUGCUGGAGUGGAUGAUCAGGUGGUCUGAUCGAAGACUCCUCUGUGAUUCUAUCACUCAGUUGUCCUGUGAGUACAGACCAGUGAUUCGCGUAAAGACCUCAACAGCUGCCAUUCUUACUUCCUUAUGGCUCCUGGACCAGCCCUAUUUUGCUACAUAUAAGGCAAAUAAUGCCGUUAUUAAGGUGCUAGAGAACCAUUGCACUGCAUUUCGGAUGGCACCCAACAUCAAGAGGGAGAGCAACACUGAUGAUGGCUGUUCAGUUGCAAUAGUAGCUCAAGGUGGACCUGAGGGAAGAAAUGAUGACAGUGAAUUGUGUCAAAGUGUCUUGAAAAGAACCUGUUGAAAGUCUCAAAAGUCCCAAUAUUGCUACUUGCAUGCCAGCUUCACCACAGCACUUAGAAGAACAUUCCAUGGAAGAGGUUCAUUGUCUCAGGAGAGAACCAUUGGAGACAAAGAUGGAGAGUAAAUCAGUUGAGCAAAAAGG